CACUAUAUAUGCACAUCCAAGCGUUAGCAUUAUUUAUUCAACAAACAAUGGAGGCUAUUCAAAUAUUGCUUCUUAUAACAUCUUUGUUCUUGUUGUGGUCAAUCACCAAAUGGUUAACCAAACCCUCCGGAAAACCGAAAAACUUCCCUCCGUCACCGCCAACGCUGCCGAUAAUCGGAAACUUCCACCAGCUCGGCCAACUGCCCCACCGGAACCUCCAUCUCCUCGCGGGAAAAUACGGUCCCCUCAUGCUCCUCCACUUCGGCAGCGUCCCGGUCGUGGUCGCCUCGUCGGCUGAGGCGGCACGCGAGAUCAUGAAAACACACGACCUCAACUUCGGGAGCCGGCCCGUCUACAAGGCCUACAAGAAACUCCUCUACGACUGCAAGAACGUGUCGGCGGCGCCGUACGGCGAGAGCUGGCGGAAGGCCAAGGGCAUUUUCGUCCUUCAGCUUCUGAGCAACAAGAGGGUCCAAUCCUACCGUUGGAUCAGGGAAGAAGAGACGGCCCUCCUCGUUAAAAAAAUCGAAGAGUGUUGUUCUUCUUCUUCUUCGGGCGGCGGCAGAGCGGCGGCGCCGGUGAAUCUUACGAGGCUGUUCUCGGAGCUGAGCGUGGCCGGGAUCUGCCGGUCUGCUUUCGGAGAGUCGGAGAAUGGGAAGAAAUUCGUGGAGUCGAUGACGGAGUUGAUGGAGCAGUUGGGAACUAUUAAUGUCGGUGAUUUUAUCCCGUGGCUGAGUUGGAUCAGCCGAGUUAACGGGUUUGAUAAGAGAGUGGAACGAGUUGCGAAAGAUAUGGAUUAUUUUCUGGAAGGUGUUAUUCAAGAACACUUGGAAAAUCCAGAAAAGGCGGGAAAUAAUAGUGAGAGCUUUGUUCAUAUUCUGCUCAGGAAUUAUAGUAGUGAUGCCUCUUCAAUUGACAGGGAGCGCAUCAAAGCAUUAGUUCAGGAUGUUGUCGUAGGUGGAACCGAUACCAUAUCCUCGGUUCUUGAAUGGGUGAUGACGGAGCUACUACGACACCCCAACGUGAUGGAGAAAUUGCAAAACGAAGUGAGAGAAAUUGUCGGAGGCAAAAGCAUCGUAACAGAUGAUGACUUGGCAAAGAUGGAUUACAUGAAAGCCGUGAUCAAGGAAACUUUCCGUUAUCACAUGCCGGCUCCGAUGUUAUUACCGAGGGUAGCGGAUAAAGACGUGAAAAUAAUGGGGUACGAUAUUUCCGCCGGAACGAUGGUGAUGACUAACGCGUGGGCCAUAGGGCGGGACCCUGAUCUUUGGGAUGAACCAGAGAAGUUUGAUCCGGAGAGAUUCUUGAAUAACACAAAGAACAAGAGUAUGGAUUUUAGGGGCCUCGACUUUGAGCUUAUUCCUUUUGGUGCCGGGAGAAGGGGCUGCCCCGGGAUCUCGUUUGCUGCGGCUACCAUUGAGUUUGUGUUGGCGAAUCUUAUGCUGAAGUUUAACUGGGAAACGCAGGGGAAAGAUUUGGACAAUACUGAAAGCUCGGGGCUUACGGCGCAUAGAGCUACUCCUCUUUUCGCAGUUGCCACUCGGAGUAUAUGAUGUGGCACAUUCUUAUUGGAUGAAUUUAUGUUAUUGUACUUGGUUUGGUUCUUUGUUUGGAUAAGUUGUGUCAUAUUAAUGUUGUUUUGUGAAUUUACUGUUUGUGUUGAAUAAAUGUGAAAUAAAUUGUUGUUUGUGUACUUCAAGACUUAUUUUUCCAGUUUAUAAUCGAUGCCGAAUCCAUGAUUUUAGUCACAC